AUGUCGAUCGUGGACCCAUGUCUCACCAAUCUGGACGACUCGGCUCGCAUCCUGCAGCUAGGUUUCGGAACGAGCGACCUGCAGAACCAUAUCCGGGCAAGAGGUUUUCAAAACAUUACCAACCAAGUAUUUGGUGACGUGAGAAUGCGCUACCUCGUUGCAGAUGCCACGCAGCUCCAGCUCGAGACGUACGAUCUGAUCAUCGACAAAAGCACUGUGGACGCAAUCUCCUGUGGAGGCGAAGAGUCGGUAUUAAGAAUGGCAGAAGGAGUGAGACGACACUUGACCGAUGGGGGCUUCUGGAUCUCGUUGAGUUACUCCUCUGGCCGCUUCGACGUUGAAAACCUACCUUUCGAUGUUGAGGUUUUUGCGAAGAUCCCUACGCCUAAGCUGAAGUCUACCGACCCUGAUAUCUACCAUUGGUGUUACUUGUUAACGCCAAAGGCUUUGCAAUGA